AUGAAAUUGGAACAAAAACAGCACCUCGACGGCGUUGGGUUUUCUCUUCGCGUCGUAAACACCGAAACCAACCGCUUCACAAAAGCCAUCGAACGAACGAAAAUGAAAAUUCAGAGAGAAUUAAAGACGAGACAAACUUUUAACGUGGAGAUUCCGUUGGCGUCGAUAACCUUCGCGAGAGCGAAAGUGAACGAACAGUUUCAGGUGUGCGCCGCAAAGACGAAAACGACAAAAGCAGAUGAAAAACGUAUUAAAAUACCGCUUGCGAGAAUGUUAAAAAAUAAUCGAGAAGGUAUCGUCGUGAACAUGAUGGGGAAAACGACCGCGGUGUUCUUAGCCGGGGGUUUAGCCGGCGCUUUGGCGAAAACGUGCACCGCUCCGUUGGAUCGAUUGAAAAUUAUCAUGCAAACGUCUGGAGCGUCGCAACAAAGCGCGGCCGCGAAAGCGGCGGUGAGCGGAGGUUUAGUGCCGGCGUUUAUGGCGAUUGGUAAGAGCGAAGGUUUGGCUGGGUAUUGGAGAGGGAAUACGCCGCAAGUGGCGAGAGUGUUGCCGUAUUCCGCGACGAUGUUGUUCGCGUACGAUUUUUAUAAGAAGAAAUAUACGGAUAAGAAAACGGGCGAGUUGAGCGUGCCGGGGAGACUCUUAGCCGGAGCCUCGGCGGCGUGCACGGCGACGAUUGUGACGUAUCCAUUAGAUAUCAUUCGCUUACGUUUAAGCGUAGACCCGACGACGACAAAUAUGGUAGCAGUGUUUAAAAACAUUAUGCGAGAGGAAGGCGUGAUGGCGUUUGCGAAAGGUUUACCGGCGACGUGUUUGUCCAUCGCUCCGUAUUCGGCGUUGAAUUUCUGCGCGUUUGAUUUGUUUAAACAGACCAUCCCGGAAGAGAUCCGCAACGAACCGCAGGGAAUUGCCAUGGCCUCUUUAAUGGCUACCGCAGUUGCCACUGGUUCGUGCUAUCCACUCGAUACCGUGAGGCGGCAGAUGCAAAUGAAAUCGAGCACGGCGACGAACAUAGUCGUCGCGGCGAAAAACAUCGUCGCCACGCAAGGCGUCGGCGGCUUGUUCAGAGGCUUCGUUCCCAACGCCGUGAAGAAUAUGCCGAAUAAGUCUAUUCAGUUGACCACGUACGACGUCUUGAAAAAGCUCAUCGCGAGAAGUGAAAUCGCGUACGAGGCUGAGAAGAAGGCGUAUUUAAAAGACGUGAAAAUGAAACGCGUUUAA